AUGACAACCACGUUUAACAUCACAUGCAUCAACUGGACAGAUCCCGAUCCACCAAUCAAAUACGACUAUGCUUACGAAUUGAAUGGCGUUAGAACAGUAUUUUUAACCCUUACUGGAAGUCCCGGGAAAACUGUCAUCUCCAGUAGCGAUUUGCCGAUUGGGAAUGCGAAUCAAGACAAUGACUUGGAUAUUUACGUCAAUGUUAGGGAUAAGUUUGAUGGAGCGACUGAAUUGCAUUUCACUGUUAAGGUAGUUAAAGUCGAUAAUGUGUAAAGUAACAACCACUUCACGAAAUAUUCGGUUGACAAAGGAAUUCCCCCUUGAUAUUCCGCACUAUUUCGCAAAUUUCUUUCUCGAGAUACCCUUUGUUUUUGUCGCGAAUUAUAUAAACAUGGAGAAAGGACUUUGCGAAAGUCUAGAGCAUUUCUAAAAAAAUGAACACAAAACAAGAAAACCCGAUCUACCCUUCCUAAGUUUUUGCAACUGGUCUAAUUGUUUUAAAAACAUGCCAAAGCCACGACAAAGUAUUCAAGGUAAAUGUUUUUCGUCUUUGUUUUGUAUUUUUUUUACAUUCGUAGCUACGAAAUAAGCGUCACCAAUUUUAACGAAAUUUGGGAUGCAUUUUUCACUGUUUAGUGCUUGAAAUAUUUGCUAAAAUUGACUGGAAAUACUUAGAGAUUUCAUCGCAGAAUGGCGUAGUUAUAUUUAUUUGCUCUUUGACUAAAAUGUUUAGCUGUAAUAUUGCUAAACAUGCCGUUUUUGAGAAUUUGGUUUGCAACUAGGUUUCAACAUCCGACCACGCCAUCAUCCCAUUGAAAACAUUAGGUCACGUCAGUUAGUUUCCUAUCCAUUUAUUAUAUUAUUCAUGGUUUUUGCAACAAAAAAUAGGAAACCUAUGCGCUACAUCUCUCUAUUUUGUCUCGUGAACUAUGUUCAAAUUUUGCAUGCUGUAUAGCACCGCUUAAAACUUUCAUUAUACAAAAAAUCAAAAAUUCUGUAAUGUCAAAAACAUUUUACCGAAGAAUACGACAGUUGUUACCUUUUCGUCCAGCUAAAAUAAUGCACAAAAAAUUGAUUGAGUGUGACAGCCAGUUUUCUUUAAAAGGUGGAGCCACCUGGUAAAGACAGUUUCAACCUGACUAACCUCGGCAACAUGUUAUCAGGUUUAAACAACCCGUUAGACGAAUUAAUCGCAGGCGGUGAUCCACGAAAAGCCUUGUCAAUGGCAGGAGUGAUUGGCUCAGUGUUGAAUCAUGUUGAUUCCAACAGCAAUACAUCACGAAACAUGACAGCUGACGAAAUGGCAAGAAGACGAGACGAGAGUCAAAAAGUUGACGAGGUGCGAAUUAUAGGAAAUAAAUCUUAGCAAAAGAAAUAGUAAUUCAUGCCGCGUUUUAUCCCCAAUUCCGCUUCCACGAUCCUGCGUCCGCACUUCCGUUUCCGCAAUUCUGGAUCACAACCCAUUUAAUUUAUGACGUUAAAUAUUUUCUUUGUUUUAGUUGAAACAAAACAUCAUGAAAUCACUUUCUGGUAUCAACGUGACGGACAUGAACACGUUAUUGCAACUGAGUGGCACAACACAAGUUCUGACAGAAAAUUCAGAAGUGUUAUCACCCACAACACAGGUAAGGUAAAAAUUAACCUUUUCUAAGCAUAAACCUUAAGAUAAAACUAGGGGUAGCGGGUCAGAGGUGGAAUUGUUUUUGUCAGGGAACUUGAGUUUAAGGCUAAAAAUUUUCUGGAAAACGGAUUAUAUAAUAAAUAUGGAAAAAUAACAAAAUUGUCGUUUGUGACUGUCUUAUUAUUGCAUACAUGAAGCAAUAUUUUUUAAUUUUUAAUUUAUCUAACUUUGCCUUGGUAACAAUAUUAAGAAGAAACAUCAAAUUACUAUAUAUAUAAACAAGGCAGGAUUUCCGCAACAGCUACAGCCAAUUACUGCGGAUCCUUCUUCACAAUAUUCGUUAAAUUAGUUACGUUUACUGAACAGUAUAAACGGAAAAGGACUAAAUAAUAAAAUCAAUCAAUCAAUUAAUGAACUGUUCAAUUGACGUGUUCAACGAUGUCUUCAACGCUGAGCGUCUUGUGCCAUAUAAUAAUCUACUGCAGGCUGUAUGAAUAUUUUUUAUGAAACUUUUCAGUUGUAAUUUAGGUAUCGAGUUAGUAGAUUAAUUAGGCAUUUAAUCAUUUAAAUAGUUAGCAAUUAGUAAUUUAGAUAGUCAAUCAGUCUAAUUUUCAGAAUUAACUAUCACACAUAAAAAAUAUCAGUGAAAAUUUCUGCAAAAAUGUAGAUUAAAUUUGUUUGACUUCGAACUAGGUUCAAAUUGAUGGUGUUCAUUACAUAUUGACUUGAAAUGAUAGAAAAGAACUUCACAGUCCAACAUCGAUAAACAUGCCUGGUUGGAAAAGCCUUGAGCAAAAAUUUCCAAUUUCAAACCCAUGCAUGAAAAAUCUUGCGAGCAUGAAAAAUCUUGAAAAUAUUGCCAGUUUCUCUACGAUCAUCUCAAGUAGAAAUAUGGUAAAUACUCGCACUUUUUAACCACAUUACAUCAUUUCUAACCUGAAAGAACGCCUCAACCUUGUACAAACAAUAUUCGGUAUACGCCCGGAUAUUUUAUAUAUCUGUCCGGUCACAGGAUAAUGAGAUUAUCUCACUAUCCGGCUCGGAUAUGAUAGCCGGUGCACCCCCAGAUAUUACACAAGGCUGUAUAUGAAGCAACUUACUUUUGUGAUAUUUUCUAGGAAUAUGGUGUAGGGUUAUGCUCUGCAUCGGUGACAGGUUUGACAACACUAUCUAAAGGACAAAGUUCAUUUAAAAACGUGAAGUCAGCAGUUACGAAUUUAGCGAGCACAAUUGGGCAGUUGAUCGAGGCGUCUACGAAGCCAAGUGAUGAGGAAGACCUCGCCAUAAAUGACGCGGUAACUAUACGGAAUGUUAAUUGUGUAAUGGUAUUGUACCCGGAUGGAAAUCGAAUGUAAAAUUGUCAUACAUUUAUUUAGAUCUAACCAGCAAUCGUCCACAAAAUAUAUUGAGCCUUUUUAAAUCAUUCCCCAUUUCAAUGGUGAAAGCCUACUGUACUUAUCCAAAACGAACAUAAGGUGACACUAGAACCGCAACUGUGCCGUCACUGGCAGUUGAAAUUUAACAUAUGAUGUUGGCAUUAAACUAUUAUUAAUAAUAUUGUAGUGCCUAAUAACAUUGAAAUCGGGGGAGGGGGUUUGUCUCAAAUAUUUUGUGGUGAGUAAAUUUGAAAAUUUAAUCAAAGUAAUUGAGUAAAUUUGAGGUGAAAACUAGUGCGGAAACAUGAUUGUAUAAGUUCUUUUGAAAAAAACAAUAAACUACAAUAUAUCAUAGAUGUAUCGCUUCAAAACUAUAUUUGUGGCUGUUACAAAAAUAGUUAUAUCUAACUCAAAAUGUAACCAAUUUAAAUGGAAAUUUAACACGUUAUAGAGCGAGACAUUACCCACUCAUUGGUAGAUUUUGAAAUUGGCAUUGUAAACAGGAAGUAUACAUAUAUCACCAAAUGUAUGGGAUCAUAGACAAUCCAGAAGAGUGUCUUCUGGAUUGUCUGAUGGGAUUUACUCCUUUUUUUCAAAAUUUAAUUGUGAUUCAAAACCUCACAACUUGGUUUAUUUUUGUUACAAAUUAUUGAUAUUUGGCUGAAAUUAAAAUAACUUACAUGCCCAAUACAUGAUUAAAGCGAUGUAGAAGAAUGAUUAAAAAUAAGAUUGUACGAGAACUUGAAAAUUGCGAAAAAAUUUUCAGUUAAAUAUAUUUUGAUCCAGUUUAAAAACUAUGCAUAUCACCGACAUUAUACAACAUUCGUGAAAGACUACAAACAUUUUUCAAUAGAAUCAUCAUAAAAAUCAACAAAUGAAAUCGAAUUAAUAAGAUCACAAUUAAAUUUGGAAAAAAGUAGUAAAUCCCAUAUAUUUGGCGAUAAUUGCAUUUACGGUUUACAAUGCUAAUUUCAAAAACUACCAAUGAGUGAGUAAUGUCUCACUCUAUUACAUCUCAAAUUUUCAUUCAAAUUUACUAUUCUUGUAACGCGGCAAAAAAAGGGUGUUCUAAAACAUUUGACCAGUAUACUGCGUAUAUUUAUUUACAUUUUUUAUUUCCCUAGAGCAUUGAUCGCGCUAACAGAUCCAUCUCGAUGUUAGACGACCUCCACGGGGCAACACUUCGCUACAUCGUUCCAAACGAAGGUCCAACCACCAGCUCCACCAAACACAUGACUUUACAGAGCGAGAAAGUAUCAAUUAGAAACAUGGGCAAAAACGGAAAUGUUGCAAAUGACUGUAGUUUCAAGACACCGAGUCCGGCAGUAUUUGGUUUCGGAGACAGUAAGAAAUCUAAUUUCAUAUAAGCUCUUGUACAUGGCAAUAAAUAAAAUCGUUUUGUUUUGUAGAAAGUACCAUGUUGUACCUAGUGAUUUACAGUGGUAUAGUGAUGGGGCUUUGGCUGCGAACCUUCCCGACUGGAUACUAAGAAAAUUUCAAAAGAAGGGGAGGGGAGUCUGGGGGCGUGCUUCCCAAAAAAUUUUGAACAUUACAAACCCAUCGAAAGUGCAUUUCUAUACAGCCAUUUCCAACAAUAACUUUGUUUAAACUAACCAUGUGUAUAUUGUCUGAUGAUAGGCAAAUAUAUUUUUGUGAAACACAUGUCUAACUGAAAUAUUACUGUGAAGAUUCUUGCCAAUGAUUAUCUUUUUGUAAAAGAACGAUUACACAAAUAUACAACGGUCAGGCCGAACGUUACUCUGCUUUGAAAAUCACGUAGGCACGCUUAAAACUGCGACACUAUAAAGAAGUCCAAAACAUUUUCAAAACUAAUAUGUUUAACCUUUCAAAACUGAUAAUUUUGGUUAAGCCAUUGGCCGUUAAAAAGGAGAAACAUAUUUCAGCUUUGCAUGCAUGCAAUGAUAGUGUAGCACUAUAGCCAGCUGAGCUUGCAACUAAAACGGCGGUAAGACUUGCCAAGGAAAUAUUGGUCGAAAAAAUUGUUCAGUACUAAAAGUUAAACUCGUCAAAGAAAACUUUGUUUGAACGGGAAUUAACAAUGAAUUUUCUUCCAUUUAGUUGUUAAAGAUAUAAAUGCUACAAUUUCCCAAUUGGAAACAAUAACAAUAAAGGUAUAUACAUCCAGGUCCGGUUGUUCAAAGGUGGAUUAGCGCUAACCAUGGGUUAAAAUUUAACCCGCUGUUUUAGUUUCUGUAUUUCUGCACGUCUGUUUAUUUCAAAACUCCAGUAAAGAAAACUGUCGUUGAUUCACACAAGAUUUCUGAAGAAAUAUUUCCAAGUUUUUAAACAAGCUGUUGAAAGUUUGCUUUCAAUUUUAGGGUAACCUAGGGUUACGCUAAUCGGCUUUUGAACAACCGGCCCCAAAUAAAUUCAAUUCAGUUUAUCAGCACUAAGUAUAUGAGAGAAAUAUUUAAAAAGAAACUGACAAAUAUGUGACCAAAAGUGGUUUAAAAUGUCUCUAUUCAAUUCGAAAAUGUUGAUCUAGCAACUAAAAUGUUGAUCAUUGGAUAAAAAGUUUGCGUGACCCAACUUGUGACGUAACAUGUCCUGAAUAAUCCAAGAUGGCGGGCAGCUCACUGUAGGCAAAAUAUUUCAAGAAAAAAGUGAGAUACGAAAAAAUCUUUAUUAAGUAUUUUUAAGGGAGCGGUCAUUAUUUAUGGCGGGGGGGUGGCACCGAAGAGAAAAGGGUUGGGUAAACAAAAUUUUAAGUGAAGAAAAGGUUGAGUAAAUGAAAAACAAAACAACUCAAAGGUUGGGUAAUAAAAAUUUAUUGUCAAUUCCAAAGCACGACUCACUCAAAUAUUGAAGACUGAAAACUUCAAAGUCAACAGUCAUAUGUCAAUACAAUAUGUGAAUCAAUCUAUAUCUUCAUCAUUUUCCGAUUUGUUGGGAGACAAAUGGUGUCUCCAAAGAAAGUAAAUGUGCAGACAACAUGAAACUUUAGACUGCAGAAAAGUCAGUAAAUUUCACAAGCCGAACGUUAUCAAACUAUCAAACAUUCACAAGCCGAACGUUAUCAAACGUAUCACAGAAGUGGUAAAGGACUAGUAAGAACGUCUGCGAGGGAGACUGUCAUGUGUGACAACUGAAUGAGAUCCUUUUGUAACGUUUUUGGCCAGGGGUGGGUAUUUAUUUUUUAAAUGAUACUUGAGGUUGGGUAAUCAAAUUUUUGAUUUUUUAAUGGUUGGGUAAGCAAAAUUUUUGCCACGAAAAACAUUUCUCUUCGGUGCCACCCCCGACCAUAAAUAAUGACCGGUCCCUAAAGCUUUUUCACAGGAGACAAAUUAUUUUUUUACUGCCAAUAGACAAAUCUGGCUAACGAUGUUCACUUCGUUGCUACCAAUUCACGACUUUAGACUAACUCACAUGCCUAGUUACUAUUGUUCAAGUGUACAGAAGCACAGAAUAGAACAAAGGUAACCAAGCAUUCGAAUUAUGCAUCAGAGUUAUUCACUCAUGUAGAUAAUUCUAAUGCUUAGUAGUUUACCGAGGCAUAGAAUAGAACAAAGGUUCGAACAGUAGUAACUACGCAUGUGAGUUAGGGAGCGGUCAUUAUACUUGUGGUGGGGGUGGGACCGAAGAGAAUUGUUUUCCUUGGUAAAAAUUACACUGACCCAACCAUUAAAAAGUCCAUGAAAAAAUUUACCCAACCUCAAAGAUCAAUUAAAAAAUAAAUACCCACCCCUGGCCAAAAAGUUUACAAAACUAGGAUACCAUUCAGUUGUCACACAUGUCCUUCACCACUUCUGUGACAUAAGUUUGAUAACUGCUUGUGCCAUUUUUGGCAGUCUAAAGUUUCACGUUGUCUGCACAUGCACUUUCUUUGGAGACACCAUUUGCCUCCUGAAAAAUCAGAAAAUGAUCAAGAUAGUGACUCUGAUUGAUUGAUUGAUUUAUUUACAUAUUGUAUUGACAAAUGACUGUUGACAUUGCUUUUUAGUCCUCAAUUAAUAUUUAAGUGAAUCAUAUGCUUUGGAAAUUAAAGUAAAUUUUUAUUACCCAACCCUAGAGUUGUUUUAUUUUUCAUUUACCCAACCUUUUACUCACUCAAAAUUUUGUUUACCCAACCCUUUUCUCUUCGGUGCCAUGCCCCUCCGCCAUAAAUAAUAACCGCUCCCUUAUCUAAAAUGGUAAAUUGGCUAUAAACAAACCCAAUGUCCUACUAUGUCCUUUAAAUUAAGCAUAAACAUUUCGCUUUCUCAGAUGGGAGUGUUCAACAACAAUCCUUACACAUGGGACAACACAAGCAAGACAGUGACCUCUAAGAUAGCAAGCCUUAACCUCGGUUCAAGCAAAGAUAUGCAACUAUCCAACCUAACCGAAGAGAUUGGUAUCACCAUAUCACGUGACCCAAGCCAAUUCCCGGAAAUCGCGUCGUUCUAUAUGAAACCUGAUAAACCGGAUCCGAACUCCGAUGGUAAAUCAUACUUGAAGUAUCACUGUUUCAACAGGACGACCCGCUGGACUGCUAUGAAUUUUGAGGUUUACCCAGAGGACGUCAGCCUGAAUUUGAAGGUGUACUUAAAAACGGGCGGAAAGCCGGAUGUAAGAACGGGUGACUUUGACCUGCAAUAUGACUUGCCCGAUUUCAGCAGCUGUGAGGUGGAGGUUGAUGAGAAUAAUACGACACGAGCGAAUGACACGAUUGUAGUUGAUCCAUUCAGACACUGUGCUCUUCAUCCGUAUUCAGUGUUUGUCUCGAAUGUCGAUUUUAACGAAACUGGUUUACAUUGUUUUGGUAAGUAAAAUACUGUAGGUGUACCGGAUAUUGUUAAUAGCUUUUUGGUAUCCGGCUGGAUACCGGAUAUUUGAAAAUAUCCGGUCGAUCAAAUAAUUUUUAACCUGAAAACAAGGCCCGAACCUUAUACAAAACAAUAUUCGGUAUCUGGCCGAAUGCUUGGAUGGCACGAAUUUUGAAAUAAACACGCAACGGUAAUGAGUCGUUUGUAUACAGAGUUUAGAUUGACUUAGACAGAAAUUUGAUUCUAGAGAUUGUGUAGUAUAUAUCAUAAGCUCUUAAAUUUCGCUAUAUUCUACCAAUUUUCACAAUAACGUGGCUAACCCCAAUAAUAUUUUGAGUUGACCCGUCAGUUUAGGUCACCCAAAUUAAAAAUAGCGGAGAAAACCGCGCCCUUCUUUUAUAGAUUAGAGACCUUACGAUUUUAGGACGGCAACGCGACGACGGCCAAAACAAACUCCUUGAAAUAAAUGGUAGUAAAGAUAAUUCGUCGUAUAUUAUCAAUGAUAUGAAUUUAAUACAGUCUUAGAAGUUGAAGACAUGGGUUUUAUGGUUGGAAAGAGUUCUGCUGAACCCAGUUUGAAGUUGCAUUUGUUGCGGCUUGAAAUGCAGCCGUUGUAUCAAGACGUGAACAUCUGUGAUUUGGCGUUGUAAACAGAGCGAGGACAAUGUCUAAAUUAUUCAUAUAUUGUAAUUAUUCAAUUCUUUUCAAUGAUUUAUUGUAUUGGUAGCCGUUGCCGUAGCGUUGCCGUCCUAAAUCGUAAGGUCUCUAUUUGGAGUUAGGGACGGACGACUAGAAAACGUUUGCUUGCAGCACCAGCAAUUACGUUUACCAAAUCAAGAGACGACAUCUUAUAUCAUUGGUCUAGUAUGUCUACAUCGCUUACUUUCCGUUCUUCCGGUUAUUUCUAGCUAUCCAAGUUAAAAACAAUUCAAUGGACGACAUCGAGCCGGACUCCAGCUCAAGCAAUUCACGUCGGAAACGAUCGUUCGCAUGUGACAUUGGUAAACGACGCAUGCGUCGUUCAUGUGUCAUCAUCCCCCCACCUCCCCCACCGCCCCCGACAGAGUCGCCGUUCAAAGUGAUGGUCGCAGAUAAUCUUGGUUUUGAUGGCAAAUAUUUCUUUCCCAAUCAAACACCGAACUACAACAUGUCAAUGUUUGAAUCAAGUUGUCUGUACUGGGACGAAGAGAAUCAGACUUGGACAGGACAUGGCUGUCGUGUGAGUAAAUCUUAUCCAAAAUCCAUUUCUACACCCGUAAAAAUCUCACAUAUUGUAGCAAGUCUGCCAACAAGCCGUCAACAAGUUGUGUUCGCACUGCUUGUCCCAAGUUGUCAACAAGUUUGGAACAAGCUGUUAACAACUCGUAACAACUUUGUUGAUAUUAUUAGAUUUGUUGCAAGGUUGUUCCAACAAGUCCGAUACAGUCAUGAUAUAACAAUAUUGUUUCAACCUUGUGUCGUCAACCUUGUAACAUUCUUGUUAUAUCAUGAUUGCAUCAGACUUCUUAGAACAACCAACCUUGUAACAAGUCUGAUAAUGCUAUCAAGUUUGUUACAAGUUGUUAACAGCUUCUUCCAAACUUGUUACAACAACUGGGAACAAGCAGUGCGAACACAACUUGUCGACAGCUUGUGAACAGAUUUGUAACAACUUGUUUGGAGACCUGUAACAACUUGUGCGUUUUUACGUGUGUAGCCGACGUUAGCAAGUUGUUACCGGUCUGCAAACAAGUUGUUACAAAUCUGUUCACAAGCCAUCGACAAGAUGUCAACUGUUUACAACUUGUAACAAGCUUGAUUGCAUUAUCAGACUUGUUACAUGGUUGUUCUAACAAGUCUGAUACUGUCAUGAUAUAACAAGAAUGUUACAAGGUUGACGACACAAAGUUGUAACAAUAUUGUUAUAUCAUGAUUGUAUCGGACUUGUUGGAACAACCUUGCAACAAGUCUGAUAAUAUCAACAAGGUUGUUACAACCGUUAACAAGUCGUUCCAUACUUGUCGACAACUUGGGACAAGCAGUGCGAACACAACUUGUUGACGGUUUGUUGGCAGAUUUGCUACAAUUGUGAGAUUUUUGCGUGUGUAUAUAACAUGUAGCUAAGACUGAAAGGAUUAAACUAUAUAGGCAUAACAAAGUUUCAACUGUUCAAAAAAAAAGGAAAAAUGUCCUUCAAAAAAUAAAUAGUUUCUGCACGGUACAGUACUCUGAGAUGCAUAUAUAGCUCAAAACAUUUUCAAAACUAAUAUGUUACACCUUUCAAAACUGAUAAUUUUGGUUAAGCCUUUGGCCGUUAAAAAGGAGAAACAUAUUUCAGCUUUGCAUGCAAUGAUAGUGUAGCACUAUAGCCAGCUGAGCUUUCAACUAAAACGGCGGUAAAACUUGUCAAGGAAAUAUUGGUCGAAAAAAUUGUUCAGUACUAAUCUGCUUCGCUUCAGUACUCUGGGAUGCAUAUAUAGCUCAGUUGGUUAGAACACUGCACCGGAAUCCCAGGUUCGAUUCCUACGAGAGGGCCUAUAGUUGUAUUUUUCGCAACUGCUCCAGGCAGGGACGCCGGAAUUGGGGGGGGGGGGAGGGGCAGCUGCCCCUCUUGCCUUUUGCUGGGAGGGGCAAGGGGGGCAGAAAUGCCCUUUGAGUUAUGAAAUACUACCUGAUAAAUCACAAUUCCAGUGAUGCUUUUUCGGCAAAAUCAUGAGGUGUGAUCUUGAAUGUGACCUGAUUAAGUGCGUUUGCUUUCAUAUAUUGGCAAGUCAACACAUAUUUGUAAAAUUAUCUUGACCGGAGUCUGUAGAGGUGCCCUUUGGUGUGCGUUUGCCCCCCUUGCCUUUUUAUCGUUCCGGCGUCCCUGGCUCCAGGUUAGAUCUAAUAAAUGUAUAAAAUCUUUCAACAUUUAUAUUCUUCUCUUACCAGAGAUUCCAAUUCAUCAAACAUUUCUGUUCUGUUUAGGUUGGUCCUCUGACAUCCCGUACCAAUAUCCAAUGUUUCUGCAAUCACCUCACAUCGUUUGGUAGCGACUUGGUCGUGGCGCCCAAUCCAAUUGACUUUAGCUCAGUCUUCAGCAACUUUGGCAGUCUACAAGAUAAUGUCGCUGUGUUAGCGUUGAUAUCUACCGUGUUAGGAUUCUAUAUCCUGGGCGUUCUCUGGGGAAGGCGAGCAGACAAGCGAGAUAAGUUAAUGGUGAGUAUCAUCCAUUGAACUCUAAGCGAACUGGAACGAUAACUCAAUACGUAUCAACCAUACGAUUGGUUAAAGCCAAAUUGGCGCUCUUUUUCAAAUCUGUGUACUAUUCGUUUACGCUCUGACUUUCACAAAAAGGACUGGGGAGAGUUAACAGGUGCCCAAAAAUCCUGACAAUUUAGGAAUAGCCGUUACUGGACCUCGAGGAGGAACAGUUCAGAACUGAUAUAAAGCUAUCCAGUAAAAAUAAAGUUCAGUUUCAGUUUAAGAAAGCUUCGCAUUGAUAGAGCUUGCUUGCUGUCGUGGCCUAAUAAGUGAUGCGGCCCUUACUGGACCUCUAGAGGAAUAACAGUUUAGAACUGAUAGAGAAACUAGUACAAAUAUAUACAUACGUACAUAAAUUAUUCAGCUCGUCCCCAUCGGGGCUUUUCGGUGAUCGAUACAUCACGUAUUACGCUUACUUAUAUUAUCAACUUAGCCUAGACUAUUUACCUUUAAAAUAAUUGUGAUAUUACUUUCCCAACUAUGUUUAUCUAACCCACCCUGUCCACUUUCCCUGAGGGAAGAAAACGGAGCGCCCGGAGAAAACCCACGACCAGGCCGCGCAUGUGAUUAUAUAAGCGCCCUGCACCCCCACAGAGCCACCAGUAAAUCUAUUCCUGACUUAACCUAACCUUCCUAUAUCUUGUAGAUUGGUCCGACAAUCCUACCCAGCCCUCAAGGCACGUAUCACUACCUCGUUACGCUAUACACAGGAAACAGACAAGGUUCUGGUACAACUGCAAAAGUCUUCUUCAAAUUGUCUGGAGAUAAUGAUGAAACGUUUCCUGUCAAAAUGUGGGAUUCUAAGAGGCCUUCCUUUAAACGUGGACAGGAGAAUCAGUUUAUUGUUUCCUACCCUCAAGAAGUCGGCGAACUUAGUUAUGUCCAAAUCUGGCAUAACAACGCGGGUACGUUUGUCUCCUCAGGGAGCGGUUAUUAUUUAUGGCUGGAGUUGCCACCGAUGAGAAAACGGUUGGGUAAACAAAAUUUUAAUUGAGUAAGGGACUGGUCAUAAAGUAACUGCUAGGGUGGGCUGGAGGUAAAUCACAAAUUUUGCCAAUAAGUUUGGUGACCCAUCUUAGGAUGUAGAUAAAAAUUUCAAAGCCCAUCUAAUCUUGCCAAAUUUAUUUCAUGACCCACCCACCCAAUCUAAAUUGGGAAAAUACAAUUUUAUAACAAAAAAAAAACUUGCAAGUAUGAACAUUGUAAAUAUACACCGGCACUGUGUUGACAUACAUAAUUCCACCAAGCUUGACCAACACAUUCAUCACCAAUUACGAUACUGAGCUGCUCUCCAUUUGGUUGUACUUGGUGUGAUUCGACCACUUCUUGUUGUUGUAUAAAACAAAGCACUGGCUUCAAUAGCAUCAUUUGCAUUUGAUAAUUUGGAUAGUUUUGUUUGCUUUUAUUAUUAAUAUCUUUAUGUAAUAUAUAAUUAACGUGGGUUUUUGUUUGGUGGCCCAACCGUGGACACACCAAAAAAUUGGCGGCCCAUCGAAACUGCCCAAAGAUUUUCCAUGGCCCAUCCCAAAUCACUCCAGCCCACCCUAGCAGUUACUUUAUGACUGGUCCCUAAAGGGUUUGGUAACUGUAAAACAAAACAAUUCAAGGGUUGGGUAAUAGAGAUUUAUUGUCAUUUCCAAAGCAUGACUCACUCAAAUAUUGAAAGCAAUGUCAACAUUCAUAUGUCAAUACAAUACGUAAAUCAAUCAAUCAAUCAAUCAAUCAAUCAAUCAAUCAAUCACAGUCACUAUCUUGAUCAUUUUCCGAUUUGUCCGGAGGCAAAUGGUAUCUCCAAAGAAAGUACAUGUGCAGAAACGUUUUGCACAAGCAGUUAUCAAACUCGUGUCACAGAAGUAGUAAAGGAUAUGUGUGACAACUGAAUGGUAUCCUUUUGUAAAGAUUUUGGCCAGGGGUAUAGGAGUGGUAUAUACUUUUUAAUUGAUAUUUGGGUUGGGUAUAAAAAAUUUGAUUUUUUAAUGGUUGGAUCGGCCCCUCAGCCUAUUAAAAUGUAGGGAUGACUUUCCAAGGCGAGAGAUCCUACGUUCUAUUUGAAAUCCUUCAGCUGCCUAUUUCAUGAUUGGGGAUUUUUGAUGAAUUCCUGCCAGAUGGCCUAUGUUAGCAUUUGUCGUGGCUGCUCCUGGUUAGGUGUAAAAAAUGUAUAUAAGUUUGCGUUCGAAAAUUCAUCUGCAAAAAAGGACCCAUUUAAUGAAAAUAAAGUGGUUUUGUAUACCUCAAAUGUCUUAGUAUUUCAAGCGUAUAGUAGUAUACAACCAACUUCAGAUCAUAACCAUAAAUAUUUAUCACCAUAGGCUUGUCACCAUCCUGGUACCUAAGUCGUGUCACUGUCAGAGAUAUUCAGACAAACCAACAAUGGUACUUUGUAUGCGAUAACUGGUUAGCAGUGGAGUCUGAAGAUGGCAAAGUAUGCCGAGUAAUACCUGUAGCAAAUGAACAAGAAUUGACCAACUUUAACCAACUUUUUACAGCAAGAACGGUCAAAGGUAACUAAUUGGGAAUUUUCCUUUACUAUACAGUGUGUAUAAAAAAAAGUGAAUUACUCGGCGUAUGAACAACAUUUUUUCAUAUUCGGAAAUAUCAGGCUUUUAGCUGACGAAUGACAUGUUUUCAUUUGGCAUGAAGAACAUAUCAUUCAACAGCUAAAACCUGAUCUUUCCGAAUAUAUAAAAUACGCAGAGUAAUUCAGAUGUAAUGGCGCGCUGAAGUUCGAUUAUACACCCUGUACGGCACGAGAAAAGAACGAAAUAUUGUUUCAGAAAAAGAAUGAAAACUUGGUGUUUCCACAAAUGUUUCCCUGUUUCGCCAACUUCUAAAACAUUCUGAAGAAAGAAGAUUCCCUCGGCGGGAAACAAGAUCGUUUUCUAACAUAUUAUCCAGAAACAUGUUCUUCAACUAGUUGAAGUAUUGUCUCACAGACAUGGUUUUGAUUGUUUUAAACCUUCAUUGCAUUUUGAAAAGGCUAAAAGUGAACUUUGAAAUUUCACUUUUAAUAAGAUAGUACUUUAAUUUUGUGGGGGACCAGGAGCUAAUCUGUAAUGCCCCUAAAUGUCCUUAGGGUGUACCUAACAUUAUGUCAAGUUGUGUGCUUUUAUCAUCAAAUGCACAAUAUACCUCAUUCAUAAUGACGUCAUAAGGUUUGAUGCCCGCGAGGAAUGCUGGUCUUAGUAGUCGUCGUCCGGGAAAAUUAAACAAUUCAAAAUGGCCACUAUCGACAUUUUCCCGGGCGAUGACUACUAAGACCAGCAUUCCUCGCGGGCAUCAAGCUUUGUGACGUCAUUAUGCAUAAGGUCUAUUCUUCGACUAAUUUGCUACACUAGUAUAACAUCAUCAUUCUUUCUUAGGCUUAGCCGAUGGUCACUUAUGGUUCUCGAUCUUCUCCAGGCCUCCGAGCAGCAACUUCACGCGCGUCCAACGCCUCUCGUGCUGCCUGUGUCUACUUUGCUGUACCAUGAUCACGAGUGCAAUGUUUUACAACAUGGGAGGAGACGGUCCCAGUCCGUUUGCCAUCCACAUUGGCUCGCUCGUCAUAGACCUCAAGCAAUUCGUAAUCGGCUUACAAAGCAGUCUUAUUAUCGUCCCGGUGAACGUGGCCAUUGUACAGAUAUUUCGAAACCUAAGACCGAAACAAAGCAAGGAGGAUAUUUACAGUGAAGAAACAGAAGACUCGCAAAACAAGGAAGACGAAGAACCAAAACCGAAAGGGAAGCUCCCGCAUUGGUUCAUCUACAUCGCGUAUCUGUUAUGUUAUCUGGCUUCUGCAGCUUCUAUAUUCUUCACACUGCUUUACAGUAUACAGUGGGGAAAGGUGAAAUCGACGGAAUGGGUUAUUGCUAUGGUAACAGCUUUCCUGCAGUCGGUGUUACUUCUGCAGCCUGUCAAAGUGCUGGUACUCGCAGUGGUGUUUGCGGUGUUCGUACGGAAACCGAGCGAUACGGAUGAUCAGGAUGACACUCCAGUUACAUUUGAACCACAGAGCUUAGCGACUCCGGCGAAAAGCCAUAGAAAGAGUACGAAGAGGAAAAUAUACAGGUCAGUUACCUCUGUGUGCGUUACUGAAAUAUCUGUUAGCACGAUAUAACUCAAAAGUAACGAACAUAUCAACACGAAAAUCUGUGGGCCAUAGGUAAAGGAUUAAUUAAAUUUUGGUUCAAUUUGUAUAGGUAAUCGCAUGGGGCCGAGUAAAAUUAAGGUUUAAUUUCACGCGUGUUUUCACACUUUUGAAAACACAAGUGAAAUUAAACUUUAAUUUUACGAGGAACUAUGCGAUUAUACUUGUUAAUCAUAGAGGGCAAGUUCUUGAACCUCGUAUAUCUCCAUGUCUUCGCCGAUCUUCCUUAAUGCUGCCCAUUUCUUAAAUACUCCAACCCAUAAUUUUGUACUUUUUCUAGUGGUCGAGUUUUCACUAGAAGUUUUUAAUUCUUCAAUAACAUCAUUGUUCCCAACGACAAAUUGAGAAGCCAUUGUAGUGUCUGAGCGCCCUCUAGUUUUGUCCAAUGUUCUUAAAAUGGCCAUGUUGCAUUGUAUACGAAUAAUGAAUGCUUAUGAUGCAACGGUAAAACUGGAUGUAAAUUUUUUUCAUGACGUGAAAUUUCCAUUCCAAACUUUCCAAGACGGAGUUUUUCAUUCCACGAGGCGACUGGCGAUCUAACAAACAAGUCCCAAACAAUGUCAAGUCGGGCCAUUGGAUUCAUUCAACUUCAGAAUUAUACGAAUACACAAUGAGCUCAAUCACCGUGACCGUGCACAAAUUAACUUCUACUCAGGCAAAAGCAAAAUGACUCCUGUUUAGUUUAUACCUGUCACGUCUUAGGGAGAGUUACUAUUUUUAGACUUUUGUAAUUUUGUAUUCUUUUGUAUCUUAAACUUUAACCCUAAACCUAACCUUACUCUAAUCCUAACCCUAAUCUUAAUCUGAAUCCUAUUAACCCUUUCCCAAAUGCAAAUCCUAAGUCUAAAAAUAGUAACUGUUCCUAAAUCGUGACUCAUAUGGUUUAGUUUUCAGACCUUCAGAUCUUGAUAGACUAUCGCCUGUAUUCUAAAAGCUCACUCGCACUGAAUGAAUGAAGGUUCAAUCUGAGCUUCCCCUGAGUGUCAAUGCUGUUUUUGAAUAGCUGAAGGGUUAGUGCCGUACCUUACUAUAUGUGACUACUCACCCUCCAGCUAUUCAAAAACAGCAUUGACACUCAGGGGAAGCUCAGAUCACAGUCCUAGUCUGAUCUAGUCUAUUAACUCUGCUCAGAUUGAACCUCCACUCAUUGAGUGUGAGUGUGCUUUUAGAAUACGGGCGUUAAUCAUAACCCUAAUCCUAACCCUUUCCCAAAUCCAAACCCUGUUCCUAAAUCGUGACUCACAUGGUUUAGCUUCAAGACCAUCAUAUGUUGAAAGACUAUGUCUGUACAAACCCAGGUAAAAUCAUAACCCCCUGGCGGAGAUAACAAAAGUACUAUGUUUCUUGUUUUAUCCUCUCUUGCAGUCCCCCAGACCCAGCGACAUUACAAGAGGCGCGUAUCAAACGCUUGAAAGAAAUCCAAAUGAACAGAAUCAUGAAAGAAAUUGCAGCAUUCUUUAUUUUCCUCAUCAUGCUCAUGAACGUCGCUUAUUACCACCGAGAUUCCAACACGUUCCUCAUGACCAAAACAUUAUAUGAAACCUUUGAUGAAGUAGACGCCUAUAGCAUUGACCUCGGAGCGGUAAGGUUUUGUUUUGCUUUGGUAAAACAUUUUGAAACUUAAACAAAAAAUGGUUCCAGGCGCGUAAUGAAGACGGGGUGAGAAAAGCAAUUUUGUUGGGUAGAUUUAUCAAAUAUACAAUAAUUUGUUGGGCAAAAAUACAUUCAAAUCAUGUUGAGUAAGAACAAGAAAACCUAGAAGUUCAGUUUGAGCAAUUUCAAACAUUUGCUAUUCUAAUAUACGUCGUUUUCUGACCAUCAGAAUUUGGUAAAAUCUUCCCCCGCAGUGCAUGAAAUGGUGUUUCAGAGGACUCUAAAUUUCACUGCAUGGGGGGGGGGGACAUGCCCUCAUACCCUCUAGGGUCGAUACAUGUGACUUGACAUCAUCGUCCCUAGGCUCACAGGACCAGGCUCAAUGCGAAGAGCAAACGUAGCAUAGCCCUGAGGACAAGGAUGGCGUCAAAGCCGCUACCCCUUCGGACCUCAUAAACCGUUUUAGUUUUCCAAGCAUCCUUAUGUUCUUUUCUGACCACACACUUUUUGUUGGGCAAAGCGACUCCACAGACACCUAAUGUUUAAAACCGGAGUUACGCCUUUGACCGUAUGAAUUAGAGACCGAGACAUAACAUCUCGCUUCGAUAAAUUUAAAUGCGAAACUUGCUGUCGUUUACCAGAAACGCAGAAUAUUUUGUUGGAAAGCUAUAAAAGACACAGUUUUAUAAGGAAACUUAAUACUAGCUUGUUAACAGCAUUGACAGAAGUGAUGCAAUUCGCACGGCCGGUUUUCCCGCCAUUUUGGGGGUACUGCCUCUGCCACGUUUGAGAGUCUCCACACUACGAAAUACAACUUUUAGUACUGUGGUUGUUUUGUAUAAUGGUAAAUUUACAGUUACAACUUUUAAAAGUCGCUUUUUACGUUGUUUGAAUUGUCUAGAAUCUUUUACGAGGGCAGACAGUACCCCCAAAAUGGCGGAUUUCGGCCUUCGUAGGAAAAAAUUGGCUCAGGAAAGAUCAUCAGAGCUUAUAUGAGAUUUCAUAAACAUUUCAAUACUUUCAUGUGACUGACUUUUAAGUAACGUAAAAUUUGACAAAAGGACUAAAUUGUUUUAACUCUUGCCCAGGUCUCUGACGGUGACUCACUGUGGAUGUGGGCACGUGAGACACUAGUGCCAGGCCUCUACGCAACAGAAUGGUACAAUGGGAAAAAGGCCGAGAAAGGAUUCAUUGCCAAUAUGGAAGACUAUCUUGUGGGUGUACCGCGGAUAAGACUGGUGCGAGUUAAAGAAGGUAAAGAAAAAAUCACGAAGUCUGCAUUAGGUUAUAUAUCAACAACUUAUCAACAAGAGAUUAAUUAUUUUUGUGGUGUUACUCUGAGUGUGCAUCAACACCGGGCAAGCUCAACAGUUUGCUUGACCACGGUCGGAAUCAAACCCGCGACCUUUGGGAUACUAGUCCAACUGAGCUACGAGGUCAAGUCGGUUCGAGUUGGUGAUAUUUCAGAACUGAGUCUAGUUCCUUCGAUAUCAAUGUAUUCUAAGAUAUGAUUGACCUCGUAGCUCAGUUGGUAGAGCAUUGGACUAGUAUCCCAAAGGUCGCGGGUUCCAUUCCCACCGUGGUGAGGCAAACAUUUCAGCUUGCCCGGUGUGGAUGCACACUCAGAGUAACACCACAAACAUAUUCACCUGAGUACACAAUGUUGUUCACCAACACAUACAAAAAGUAAGACAUUAAUUUUUGGUAUAAUAUACUACCUAAUUACGACUACAUUCAAAAUAUUUAAUGUCUGAUCCAAGCGGAAAACAAACUUAAAAAGUAUGUCUAGUGUUUUUCGUCUGUAAAAUAAUGCCAAAAUGAAGAGAUUUUCCAUGGUACGCCGAAGAGAAAAUUAUGUCUGAAGUUCAAUAAGUUUUGCUUGCAGUAUAUUGUUGCAAAUAUGGAGUCAUAUUUCAAAACAUGUUAUUGUUUCUCAACAGCAGAUGCAUUUAGAAAGGUAGCUAACUGUAUAACCUAGAAAAUAAAGCUAAAAGAAAAACCGCCAAAAAGAUUUUAGAUUUUUAAGGCUUUCCAUCGCAAAUACGCGACAUGGAAAAACGACCUCGUCCAAAAGUCGGAGUCGCUUAAAUUUAACCUGACAAGUGACAUCUCCCAUCUUAGAAUCUAUUCAUUCUAUCUUUAAUUUUCAGAUUCUUGCACAGUGGACAAGUUAUUCAAAGACAGCAUACCACAUUGCUACGGCGCUUUCUCGCUAACCUCUGAAGAAGAUGAAACAUUUGAUGUAUCCUGGGAGCCACUGGGCACAAACUCGGCACGAAAACGUAGAGACCUCCAAAAUAUACCCGAGACUGAGGAAGAAUGGCUCGAGAGAAUGGCGCAAACAGCACCAAAGGAGACUAAAACCCGGGACGAAGUGCCGGAGGAGGGCACAAUACCCGAGGAGGGCACAUUACCCGGGGACUUAUUACCUAAGAACACACUCGCCGAGUGGAAUAACAGACUUGGAAAUGAACGACAAAAUAAACGGGACAUAGAUACCAGUCGCCGAAAAAGAGCACUUGAUCCGAUAAUGUCGUCGGUUACCGGUAAAAACCGCCGAAAGAAAAAGCGACUUUUAGGAAGCAGUAAGCCGAAGGUGUACGCGAUCAGCGACCAGGCCUUAUUACCGAGUGGCAAAGUUAUGUCAUGUCUAGAGAGAUGGCGACACCAGUCCACUUUGGAGAUGAGGGGCUUUCCGUAUUGGGGUGCAGUUUCGCUGUACAGCGGCGGUGGAUACGCGGCGAAUCUAGGUUACAAUCCAGUGGCGGCAUACACGGUCAUUUCAGAUUUACAUUCAAACGGUUGGAUCGACGUACAAUCUCGAGCCGUGUUUGUCGAAUUUACCGUAUACAAUGCUAACACUAAUCUUUUUGGUAUAGUCUCUAUAAUGGUCGAAUAUCCCUCCUCAUCGGCUGCCUUUACCAAGGUCCAAUACCAAUCCGCGAGGUUUUAUCUGCAUCUAAACGGCACUCAAACACUCUCCCAUAUUCUGGUCAUAUUCUUCAUGAUGUACUUCCUAUACAGGGAAGGAAGACUCGUCUAUAAACAGCGAUGUGCUUACUUCAAAGGCUUCUGGAAUUGGGUGGAAACGAUUUUAGUCGUCUGCGAGUUCUUGACGAUCAUUCUAUUCCUCGCGCGUCUGUACGAAGUCGAUAGAAAUCUACUUCAGUUACGAGAAAAUCCAAACGACUACGUUCCAUUCCAAUACGCGGCCGGUGCGGAUGCAGCCCUCUGUUACGUUCUCGGAAUUCUAGUCUUCUUCUACACGCUACGCUUCUUACGUCUCCUCCGUUUCAAUAAAAACUUCGCAGUUCUUGGAAAAACCCUGGCUCGAAUCAGCGGACCCAUCUCGAGUUUUUGCCUACCGUUCUUCUUUGCGUUUCUCGCGUUUGGCUUAUUCGCCUUUUCCGUUUUCGGCACGGAGCUCAACGAUUACAGCACGUUUCAGAGGACAAUGGUGACACAGUUCAGCAUGACGCUCGGAGAUUUCGACUUCGAGGCGUUGGUGAUGACGAAUCCACUGUUGGGACCACUGUAUUUCUUCGGAUUCGUCGGUAUGAAUGUUUUAAUCCUCAUGAACAUAUUUUUGGCAAUAAUCAACGAUUCCUACGCCGAGGUCCAGGAAGAGGAAGCCGACACGAAAAAUGAGUACGAAAUUUUGGAAUAUAUUACCGAGCAAAUACAGUUAAAAGUCAAAGGUGAACCGAAGAAACGACGAAAAGCGAGAAAAGUUCGACCGGAGGAAACAAAAGAAAAUCCCUCCGAGAAACCUCAUUACGUCACGUUCCGAGAAACGAAGAAGAAACUUACCGAAACUAUUUUCCACGAAAAUGAGAAAAUCUACAAGGCACUUUAUGAUAAUUUGCUUGAUGACCAAAUGAAAAAUGACGAAUCUUUUGAAAACAGUUGUGAAAAUUUGUCCGCUUCUGGGAGCGAGAACCACGACAGUCAAACAUCAGUUUCUACCGCAAGCUAUGCCAAGCCGCUAGGUCCAAAUUUCACCCCAGGUGAGAAUGUUUCUAAGCUUGACAGCUGCGCAGAACAAUUGGAAAGUUUGCUCGAAAAACUUCAGGAUGGCGAAUCCGAAGAGACUCGAACGUCGGAAGCAAUCGGAGAAGUUUCGGACGAAAAACGACUGGACAUCUGCUUCCGAACGAUAGUUUUUAUGGAAAUUAUAGACUAGCGUGUAAAACAAAGUAUCGGUAUCAUUUUGAGCUUAAAGCAAACUUAGAUUGUUCUGAGUUUUGGGUUCUGUUCUCAUGUGUUGCAUAUAAUAGGGUUGGAGAUAGGUUUCUGAUAUGGCCAGGGGCAUAGCAACUGGUGGGUGUAGGGGGGUGGGGUGUAGGGGGAGGGACACCCCAACAAUUGUUCAUGAGUAAUUUGAGGUAAAUUUCUAGGUGAUAUAAGCUGAUUUUCAGGUGAAUUAUAAGAGCAUUACACCCCCCCCCCCACCACCCAAUGACAACGUCUUUGCUACAUUCCUGGAUAGGGAUCAAGAUCAAACAGAAAUCUAUUUGUAUGCAAAACAUGAGGAUAUUACCAAAUUUUGACAGUAUAGGUAAUUGACUCGAUAGAGGCACUGUUAAG